AUGCUACCUUUAUUAUCAAAAAUCAAUGGAAAGACUAUUGCUAGAAACUAUUUCUUUGCAUUAUUAAUGCUCAUGAUAAUUUUUCAUGUUGUUUCUUACAGUCAUAGGAAAUAUUCUAUAAUAACGGGAACAACAAAGUUAUUAUUUAAAAGAGGAACAAAGUGGGACGCGACAAAAUCUGCCGUAUUAUCUGGGGUACUUAUUAGUGCAGCUGCAACUCUAUUUACUGCAUGGAAACCUGUAUUAUGCAUAGUACCCACAGCACCUCAAUGCUGGGCGAUGAUUAUUGGUCUAACAGUUACUGUAUUGUUUACAUGUGGAAUCACUGCUCGUGGAAUUUUCAGAGAACAGUUCGACAAUGGAGAUUUUGACGAGUCAACCGUCAGUAAUAUUUUGGCAGUUAAAAUCUUUACCACAUUUUUAGACCAGUAUAACCUCAAAAAUACAACGGAACAUACUUAUCCAGUAUUUGGUUUAGAAGAUUCUUCUGUUGUAUUUUGCCAACCUAAUGAAUUAUACACCGAUGUUGUUUCAAAAUUUGUAGAUGCUGGCUUGGGAGUACCACUAUUGACAAUGACAAACAGUAGUGAUGCAUCCAUUCAAACUAACAAUCUAACAAAUUUUAUAACAAUUCAUUGGAAUACAAAUCUUGGGAAACAUACUGCUACUCAUUUGGAACACUAUUCUGUGAUGGAAAUGGUAUCAGAUAUAAUUGAUCAAUUUAAUUCAGGAUAUAAUGGAACUUUUCAAUAUCAACCAACUGGUAAAUUUGAUAUUGAAAAGGAACAUAUUGAAAGGGUUAAAGUAAACUGGGUCUCCUAUAAUGUUAAUGAAAAUGAAGAUCCGGUUUCUGAAAUUGAAAUACGAGGUUCAUCGUUAGAUUUCCAAGAGGUAUGGGAUGGUAAUAUCAAAGCUUUUGCAAAUUUAUUUUAUGCAAACCAUAUUUAUGAUAGUUGGAAAUGGAAUAUUGAUGUUGUUAAGGAAAAUACGAUCAAAGCUUCCGGAAUUAUAGCAAAAUUAAAAAAAUUAGUAAGAAAAGAACGCUUAUUUUCUCAUGGCGAAGCUUAUAUUAACCAAUACGGUGGUAUAAGCGAUUUAGAUUGA